GUCCUAGCAGAUCGGGUCACGGGAUCUGACCAUUCACUGCGGCACUCCUUCCUACUUAGGUACACUACUCUACGUGCCUUCCAAGUAUGUCCCUCAUGGUAGUCUGCAAUUCUUCCCCCCCCUCAUCCCAUCCGCUCUCCCAUCCUUCUCUCACCUCUCCUCCGUCGCCUUCUCCCUCUUCUUCGAUUGUUAUGCGUCAUUCGGAUGCCCCGCUUCUGUCCAUGCAACCCCUGAGCAACCCUCCUCGGAGCAUCAACAUGCGUAGCAAGAAAAGAGGAUCAUACUGUGUUUUACGUUGGGAAUCCCGCUUUUCGAGACUGACCUGAACAGUACCAUGGCACCCCAAGUCGACUACUCCAUCUACCUGGUCACUGACUCAACCGAGCCCAUUCUUGGCCAACGGGAUCUGGUCGCUGUUGUCGAAGAGGCUCUGAAAGGAGCAUGUCGGAAAUACAAUGUCCCCCUUGUCAUCAAUGACCGUGUCGAUGUUGCUCUCGCCGUAGGCUGCGAAGGCGUGCAUCUAGGUCAAGAUGACAUGCAGGUGCAGUCAGCUCGCAAACUACUGGGGCCCGACAAGAUCAUUGGAGCAACAGUCUCGAAUAUCGACGAGGUCCGCAUUGCCGUCGAGCAAGGAGCUGACUAUCUCGGUAUUGGGACGUUGUAUGCCACCGCCACGAAGAAAAACACCAAAGACAUUAUCGGGGUGAACGGUGUCAGGAAGAUUCUGAGCUAUCUGGGAAAUCACGAGGACGCGAAGUUUAAGAACGUCAAAACCGUCUGUAUAGGAGGCGUCAACCUAUCUAAUAUCCAGCUCAUCAAGCACAAACUAUUCGCUCCUGGCCCGGCGGAUGUUCAUGGCUCGCGGAAGACCAUCGAUGGUGUUGCCAUCGUCAGUGCCAUCAUGUCUCAUACUGUCAACCCUCAAGAAGCAGCAGCAGCCCUCAAGGAGGCAUGGAAUGCUAUGCCCGCCUUCGGACGCCCUGUUGAGUACCAACCGACACGCCACCCCUCUCUUAAUGAGGAGUUUAUUGCCCUCCGAACCUCGACCCAGCACUGCAUGUGCAACGUACAUGAGGCCUCUCCACUCUCCCACAACAUGACCAACUUGGUUGUGCAGAACUUCGCCGCGAGCCUAGCCCUCGCCAUCGGGGCAUCUCCCAUCAUGUCCAACAAUGGAGCCGAAGCCGGAGAUCUCGCGGCCCUCGGAGGCGCACUGGUAAUCAACAUGGGGACAUCUACUCCUCAGACAUUGGUAAACCAGCGCCAGGCCAUACAAGCUUACAACAAGCAGGGCCGACCGGUGGUCCUUGAUCCCGUAGGAGCGGGAGCAACAGCUGCAAGAAAAGAGGCAUUGCAGUAUCUCAUGGAUAGCGGCUACUUCGACGUCAUCAAGGGGAACGAGAAGGAGAUCCUUGCCGUAGCUAUCGCAUCUGGCUGCAUACCGAGCAAGCAAGGCAGCAAACAGCGAGGCGUCGACAGCGGCGCAUCCACCCUGGGCAAAGCGGAAAAGGCGUACUACGUCUCGUAUCUGGCCCGCCGGGAACGCAACAUUGUACUCAUGACGGGUGAGACGGACAUCGUCAGCGAUGGCGUCCGCACGUACGCCAUCUCGAACGGGCACGAGUACCUGGGACUCGUGACCGGGAGCGGAUGCACGCUCGGGACGACCAUUUCGGCGUAUUUGGCGGCGAAUCCAGAGGACAAGCUGCAUGCGGUUGUGGCGGCGAUAUUGCAUUUUGAGCUUGCUGCCGAAGAUGCGGCGAAGAGGGAGGAUGUGCAGGGUCCGGGGACUUUUAUUCCGGCCUUCAUUGAUGAGCUGUGGAAGAGGCGGAAGGGUGCUGUUGAGGGGAGGAAUGACUGGAACGAGCGUGCGCGGGUGAGCAGAUUUGACGGGAUCGCCGAUCUGGGCGUCUUGAAGGAGUUCUGA